GUUUCCAACUUCUUUCUAAGAGAUGGAAAGCGAAAGCAAUGUUAACUUUCGUUUUCCUGACUUACAGCUGAUUCGGUUAUAUAAAGCAGCUGUCUGUGCUGCAGCAUUCGGAGGACAAACACUGCUUCAACAUUUCAGAGGUUCUUCAGACAUCAGAUUAUAAAGAAAGAUGAGCAGAGGAUCCACUGAUUGGAGUCCAGGCUUCUGGCGCGACAUAUUUGAUGAACUGCUGUAUGAUGACAAUGAGCUGAAUUAUGGAGAUGAAUGGACUCUGAACUUUAACUACACACAGACAGACGAAGUCACCAAAGAACAGAGGAGGAAAGGCUGGAAGGUGUAUUCCCACUGUGCCUAUGGAAAAUUCCAGUGUGGAUCCUGUGGUAAAACCUGGCCUUCAGCUCGAGCAGUGGUGCUGUUCCGCUACCGGCUGCGAGGUGGCAGGGGUACAGUGAUCAUGCGACCCUUUGGUCAGGCAUGUCGUCGUUGCCAGGAUGAGGAAUUUGAUCUCCCGGGUUUCUCCAGAAAAGAAGUGGAACAUGCUUUGCUCAGGCUUAUUUCAAAAAUCCGGAAAAAUAUUUACGGGGAAGAGGAGGAAAGCGACGAUGGAUCUUCAACAACCUCUAAUAAAGUGUGGACCAAGCCCCAUGAGAAAAACCUGUGCCAGGCCUGUCUUCUGGGCAUCUGCUGUCAGGACGACGACUGAAAGAAAGACAUGUCAUUUUUGAGUUUUUAUUCUCAGGUUGUAAAUAUCAUGGUGUCUUUUUAGAUACAAUGUGAUGUAGAAUAUUGCACAAU